AUGGAUUAAUCAUAAUUUUAAAACUAGUUGUAGUCUUAGACCUCGAUUAAUUAUGGGAAUGUGAAGUAUUCAUUCAAAUGUUUGCGUCGACAUCUAUUUAGGGAUAACGUUUAUCAUGUUCAUGUACUUCACAAUAUGAUUACUAUCGGAGAGGUACACCAAUAAACUAGAAGUAGCAAUUCAAUGAUCCAAACCCGAAGUAUAAAUUGGAAUUGAAUCUCAAAAACACAGUUUAUUGGAAAUAAGAGCGUAGACAAAACAAAGCCUUCGGAUUUAAAUAUAAGUAAUUUAACUAAUAUUUUAAAAGAAAGAAUGUAAAGUAUUUUGAUGCAUCUCCUGAGCAUUUAAUGAAAUUUCGUUAGGCAAUCAGUUGCUUAGUAGGGUUCCAUUCAAUUGAUGAUCAUUAUAAGAUAGAUAGAAUGAUUGGACGAGGUUCGUUUUCUUAAGUCCAUAAAGUUUAUAGGUUAUAAGAUAAUAAGGUGUUCGCUAUGAAAUAAGUGUCAAGUAAGUAGAAGACUGAUAAGGAAAACAUGGUAUAUAUCAAUUUAAUUUAGUAAUUAUUGGAAAACGAAAUUGGGAUUCUUCAUUCUUUGAACAAUGAGACCAUCCUAAAAAUAUAUGAGGUUUUUAGAAUAGAUGAAAAUUAAUACGGCAUUAUAGUUGAAUAUGUUGAUGGGAUUUGUUUGGCCACACUCAUUGAGCAACUCAAAAAAAACCAAAAUAAACUAAGAGAAUAUGAUAUCAAACUUAUGUUGUAAGCAAUUCUUAAAGCUUUGCUUGUCAUUCAUUCGGAGUAAGUCAUUCACAGGGAUAUAAAACCAUAGAACAUUAUGAUUUCUCAAUAAUCAUUUAGACAGGUUAAAAUCAUUGAUUUUGGAUUAAGCAUUAAAAAUUAAUUGUAAUAUAACAGAUGCGGAACUCCUGGUUACAUGGCUCCUGAGAUAGUUAACAUGAAAAAAGAUGAGCAAAAGGCUUGGACAUCUCUUUGUGAUAUUUUUAGUCUAGGCGUUGUGUUUUUCAAAUUGUACAACAUUAGAAUUUAGUUAGAUUAUCCAAAGGCAUCAGUUGUUUCUAAGGUCAAACCUCAGAUCAAGUUGUAGUAAGCAAUAAAAAAUGUUAAAUCGACUGGACUAUUGUUCAAUAAUUUAAUUAUUCUAAAAAUUGCAUCGUAAAUCAAUCCAUUAUUAUUUAAGUCUUUAUUAAAGGCAAUGUUAGCUAUAGAUCCAAGAGAGAGGAUUACUGCUGAUCAAGCACUUUAGCAUCCCUUCUUUGCUGAUUUGCCUCCAGUUUUGCCAACAGAUUUUGCAGGAAACUCAAUGACAUUUAAGUCGAAAGGUCUGAUAAAUCAAACUAUUGACAAAGCAAAUCUCGAUUCCUUGGAAAGUUUCAGUGAUCUCUCUGGCAUUUAGAAAUAAAGAAUUUACUUCACAGAAUCGAAGCCAUCAAGGAUUAGCAGAAAACUGUGA